CAAACAUUAUCAAUAUAUAUUAUAUGUAGUUAUCCAAUAUCGGGGAUUAAAAAACAUGUUAUAAUCUUUUUAGUUGGGGAUACAAUAACAUAAAAAAUGUCUAUAAAUAAUAUUUUUUAUAUAUAUUAAAUAAUUUUUUGGGGGUACUGUAGUACCUCCAACGCUCCAUCUAGCUCCGCCACUGUCGAACUGAACGAACUGUAUGAAGGCGGGUAACCACGGUUCGGUUCAUGGGUACCCGCUAAAUACAAAAAAAUCAAAACCAUUAAUCAAAAAUAAAAAUUAUCAAUAAGCCAUCAAGUUAGAAAAUUUGUUGAAGUUCAAAUUAUAUAUUAUAAUUUAUAUAAUAACUAUAAUAAUAAAAUUAACCAUAAAAAUGUGAUAAAAGUUCUAAACUAUGGAUUCAGUUUGUUGGGCUAUUAAAUAAAAAAACAAUAUUGAUUGCUGUGAGUAUGUAACAUUGGAACGACACUGGAUCAAUCCAUCAGCGCGUAAUGCUGCCCAGCAGCCCACUACUAUUCCGCAAGUGUUUCACACAAAUGGCAUCGUCGUCGUUGACGUCUCCGGUAACGGAGGAGUAGCUAACGUUGAAUGUGAAAUGGAGCGGAAAGGAAUACACCGUCAGAAUGUGCGCCGACGACUCCGUUGGUGAACUAAAACGAUGCAUAUGCCUACUGCCCAACGUACUCCCCAAACAUCAGAAACUUCUUUACCCUAAAAUCGGAUCCAAACUCGCAGAUGAUUCAGCCCUUCUGUCCGGUCUACCCAUCAAAUCUUCUCUCAAAAUGACAAUGAUCGGUAUUGAAGAUGAUAUAAUCGUGGAUCAAGCCGAUGCUCCAGAGAUUGUUGCUGAUUUUGAAAUCGGGCAAGAUGAAGCUGUCGACAUUAAAGACAAAAAGGUCAACAAGCAGAAACUAAGGAGACGUGUUGAUCAAUACAAGAUUGAAUUCCGAAUUCCAUGUCGAAAGGGGAAGAAGCUUCUUGUAUUGGAUAUAGACUAUACUCUAUUUGAACAUCGGUCAACAGCAAAAAAACCGCCAACUCAUGUGCCCUUAUCUUCAUGGGUUCUUAUAAGCCAAUUUAUGCAGAGCAUGGCAUCAUCAUAUGGUCUGCAACAAGCAUGAAAUGGGUCGAAUUGAAAAUGGGACAGCUUGGAGUACUGAGUAAUGCUGAUUACAAAAUUACUGCUCUGUUACUAAGAGAGCCAUAACUAAACAUAAUACGCAAUACAUAAAUAAUAACAUACUAACAUUCGAGAGGUUCCUAAAAAUUCAGGAAUUUAGCAAAGUUGUGGAGGCCCAAAAAAAAAAAAAAAAAGAACCAAGUCAAAUCA